AUGCUACUGUUCGCUCCUGAGGACGAACCUUGGGACCAAGAAAUGGAGGUGUUCAGCAGCGGCAGCGGAAACGGGAGCGAGGUAAAUGGUCUUAAAAUGGUUGAUGAGCCAAUAGAAGAGGGAGAAGCAGAUUCUUGCCAUGAUGAAGGAGUUGUUAAAGAAAUUCCUAUUACUCAUCAUAUUAAGGAAGGAUAUGAGAAAGCAGAUCCUGCACAGUUUGAGUUGCUGAAAGUUCUUGGUCAGGGAUCAUUUGGAAAGGUUUCUCUUGUUAGAAAGAAGACUGGUCCUGAUGCUGGGCAGCUCUAUGCAAUGAAGGUGUUAAAAAAAGCAUCCUUGAAAGUUCAAGACAGAGUUCGGACAAAAGUGGAAAGGGAUAUACUAGUGGAAGUAAAUCAUCCAUUUAUUGUCAAAUUACACUAUGCCUUUCAGACAGAAGGGAAGCUAUAUUUAAUAUUAGAUUUUCUCAGGGGAGGAGACGUCUUUACAAGGUUAUCCAAGACUACUGAUAACAUUACAAAGCCUGAAGCUAAAGCCUCUGAUGUUAUUUUACAGCAGCACCUAGCUAAAACUCUUGUUACUGAUCUCUUUCAUGCUACUCAUGACAGUGCUGCUUUAGAUCUGCCUAUAGUAGAGGAAAUAACUCUUACACCCAGAGAUACACCCUAUACUUUGACUACAGGAGUUUAUGGCCCAAUUCCUAAAGAUUCUGUUGGUUUAAUUAUUGGUAGAAAUAGUUCUACAGUUAAAGGAUUGUUUGUUCAUCUUGGAGUCAUUGAUUCUGAUUAUGAAGGAGAAAUUUAUGUCAUGGUUUCUGUGUCUCAACCUGUAGUGCUAACCAUUGGGAAACAUAUUGCUCAAUUGUUACCGCUUCCCUAUUUUAAGGGAAAGUCUGAUCCAGUUGAUAGAACAGGAGGAAGUUCAGGGACUCAUGUUUUUUGGCACACUUUUCUUAAUGAUUCUAGGCCUACAUGUAAAGUUUCAUUUGAAGAUGAAAUUGAAAUUGAAAGGCUCCUUGAUACUGGGGCCGACAUUUCCAUAAUUGCUAAAUUUGAUUGGCCAUCUUCUUGGAAAAAACAAAGAGUUCAAGCCACUUUUGUGGGGUUAGAUACUAUGUAUAAUAUAGAACAGAGUGUGGAAACUUUAACUUGUCCAGGCCCUGAUGACCAGCUGGCUACAAUUAAGCCUUAUACUGCCCCUAAUGCACAUACUCUGUGGGGCAGAGAUUUAUUACAACAGUGGGGAGCUAUGAUUACAAUUCCUAAUAUCUCUUCUACUGUAAAGAACAUGAUGUUUGAUUUGGGUUUUAAUCUGGAUCAAUCUACUCAGUCAAAAAAGGAACCUAUCACAAGGAAGAGCAAUGAUAAAUCUGGAUUUGGGUUUCCAGUUCUUCCUGAGCAUUUUCAAAUUGUGAAGUCUCAACCUAUUAAUGAUGCCUUAACCAGUUUUACUGAUGCUAAUGAACAAGGAAAGGUUCUGUUUACAGAGGAAGAUGUCAAAUUUUACCUCGCAGAACUUGCUCUUGCUUUGGAUCAUCUGCACCAAUUAGGAAUUGUAUACAGAGACCUGAAGCCUGAAAACAUUUUACUUGAUGAAAUAGGAUAUAUCAAGUUAACAGAUUUUGGACUCAGUAAGGAGUCAGUAGAUCAAGAAAAGAAGGCCUACUCAUUUUGUGGUACAGUAGAGUAUAUGGCUCCUGAAGUAGUAAAUAGAAGAGGUCAUUCUCAGAGUGCUGACUGGUGGUCAUAUGGUGUACUUAUGUUUGAAAUGCUUACUGGCACUCUGCCAUUUCAAGGUAAAGACAGAAAUGAGACUAUGAAUAUGAUAUUAAAAGCAAAACUUGGAAUGCCUCAGUUUCUUAGUGGUGAAGCACAAAGUCUUCUAAGGAUGUUGUUCAAAAGGAAUCCAGCAAAUAGAUUGGGUUCAGAAGGAGUUGAGGAAAUCAAAAGACAUCUUUUUUUUGCAAAUAUUGACUGGAAUAAAUUAUAUAAAAGAGAAGUUCAACCUCUUAAGCCUGCUUCUGGAAAACCAGAUGAUACUUUUUGUUUUGAUCCUGAAUUUACUGCAAAAACACCUAAAGAUUCUCCUGGUUUGCCAGCCAGUGCAAAUGCUCAUCAGCUCUAAGGAUUCAGCUUUGUUGCAACUUCUAUUGCAGAAGAACAUAAAAUCACUCCUAACACAAGUUCAAAUGUAUUACCAAUCGUUCAGAUAAAUGGAAAUGCUACAGAAUUUGGUGAAGUAUAUGAAUUGAAAGAGGAUAUUGGUAUUGGCUCCUAUUCUGUUUGCAAACAAUGCAUACAUACAACCACUAACAUGGAAUUUGCAGUGAAGAUCAUUGACAAAAGUAAGCGAGAUCCUUCAGAAGAAAUUGAAAUUUUGAUGCGCUAUGGACAACAUCCCAAUAUUAUCACCUUAAAAGAUGUAUUUGAUGAUGGUAGAUAUGUUUACCUUGUUACGGAUUUGAUGAAAGGAGGAGAACUACUUGAUCGUAUUCUCAAACAAAAAUGUUUCUCAGAACGAGAGGCUAGUGAUGUAUUAUAUGUAAUAACUCCACCAGUUGACUAUCUUCAUUGUCAAGGAGUUGUUCAUCGUGAUCUUAAACCUAGUAAUAUUUUGUAUGUGGAUGAAUGGGCCAAUGCAGACUCAAUUAGGAUCUGUGAUUUUGGGUUUGCAAAACAACUUCAAGGAGAAAAUGGACUUCUUUUAACUCUAUGCUAUACUGCAAACUUUGUAGCACCUGAGGUUCUUAUGCAACAGGGAUACGAUGCGGCUUGUGAUAUUUGGAGUUUAGGAGUCCUUUUUUACACAAUGUUGGCUGGCUAUACUCCAUUUUCUAAUGGCCCCAAUGAUACUCCGGAAGAGAUACUGCUGCAGAUAGGAAAUGGAAAGUUCUCUUUAAGUGGUGGAAACUGGGAGACUAUUUCAGAUCGUGCAAAG